UCAGUCCUGCGGCUCACAUUCACCUCUCUCUCAACGCCGGUCGCCGCCUAGAUGUGUCACCUGACUUGCCACCGUCCUCCACUCUCGUCUCAGAUUUGACCCCAAAGUCAAGCGGUAGGCAGCAGCAGCAGGUUCCCGUGUCGCCAUGAGCUGGAUGGGGAAGCGGGGGUUGGGUGGGGAGAGCCCGCACUGGCGGAGAAGACGGACGAGGACUGGCGGCCUCGGAGCUACUGGCGGCCCCGGAGGUACCUCGCCGCCGCGUCCAGUUCGACCCUGCCUCCUGCAAGCAUGGCGACUUCUUCGACACCGUCUGAGCGGGCCACGACCUAACCACGCCCAAUCUCUUCAGGAUGACCCGCUUGCAUCAUAGGCGUGUCUCAAUGGCUAGGUCGAACAGGUCUUCUUCUAGUGCCUCCGUAGGAAACAAUGGAUCAACUCAGUCAACUGUACAGGCUAAAAAGCCUAGAACACCAAGAACUAGGACUACAGCCGGUCUCAGACUAGAGGAAAUUGACCGACCGCUUAUAGUUCCCAUUGGCAUGGCAUGGGAAAGGCACCCAUACAGUGCUCGUGAUCCAUCAACGGUGUUAGGUGCCUUAGUGCGCCAGAUGUAUCCACCGCCAAUUGGUCCAAAAAAUGAUCAGAAACCGGUAUUGUGUUGGGAGGACUACAAGUGGUCCCCUGGUCCAGAAGUAAGAACAGCAGCUUCCAAAAUAGUGGAAGAAUUUUGGUGGCGUUUCAAGUGUGACCCAUCGGAGCAAGAGAAGGCAGAUGGUGUUUUGGAGGAGAACUUAACUAGGAAAGUGAAGCAGAUGCUACAUGAGGAAAAGGCGGCAGCCAUCAAAAGAUUAAAGAAGAAGGGACAAUUGCCUACAGAACUAACAGAAGAGGAUGAGGAUGGUAACCGCUGGCCAACUAAGGAAGCUUUAAUUUCUGCAAAGAGAGUUGACUUUGGUACAGACGUUGGUUGGCGUCUACUAUGUGAGCACUAGAGUAGUACUGAAUUUAGAGGGUUAUCUUUAACCAACAAAAGGAAUAGACUUGCUAAUGGGGACACGGUCUUCCAUUGCAGUGGUGCUAGAAAUGUUGUCGCCACAUGUCAAUUUCUGAAACUCAAAACCGGGAAAGACCCUGGAAUUUCUGGUGCUUGGCUUCACACGCACAAAUUGCAUCGAGGGACUGAUGAAGAGCAGAUAUGCAGUCAAAGAACUGCUGAUCAUUGGGAGGAUUUUGAUAAGGCAAUGAAAAAUGCCCAUGGAGAAAAUUGGGAAGAGGAGCACCCGGAUUUAGAUGGACAAAUCAUCUACGAAGCAGCAGGCAGAAUGCCACAUGGCAGGCUGGGAAUUGCUAAUGAGUUGUUUAGCAAAGCAGAGAAGGCGAAGUUUAAGUCUAAAAGGGCGAUGGCCUCACAGCCGGUGCAAUCUGCUAAGGAGGAGCGUCUAGAAAGAGAAAACAAAUAUUUGAAGCAGGAGAUCAAUCGUCUUCGAGGCAUUGAGCUUGUUGUUCAGUCUUUGGCUGAGAAAGGGGGAGUCGACUUUGAUGGCAUAAUGCAAUCAGCAACAGAUGACUUGUCUCCAUCAUAUUCUGAAGGCGGAUUUCAAAGGGGACGAGGUGAUGUGCCUCAACACCAAACCGAAAAGGGAAUGGGAAGCAGGACUGGAGGCAGUACGAGUCAUGGAAAUGAUGAUGAGGACGACGACUAUGGCAAUGGGGGAUAUGGUAACUAUGGCGAGGGUGAUCUGUAUGGUGAUGAGCACUAUGAUCACUAUGGUGAUGGGGAAUAUGAUGACUAUGGAGAUGAGGAUGACUAUGUCUAUGGCUAUGGCGGUGGCGAUGGCGAUGAUGAUGAUUGGCUAUAAAAUCUAAUGAUGUUCAAGUCAUGUCAAAAUGUAGUUGUGUUAGAUAUUUGAAACACUUUAUUAUCUUAUGGACAAAUUUGUCUUAGUGGACAAUUUAUCUUAUGCAAAAUGUGGCCUAUCUCAGUUACUAUUUUGUUCUGCAUUCGACAUUUGAUAAUUAUGGUUAAUGCAAUUUGGAUGCAACUCAA